UCUUGAUUCUCGAUCUAUUUAACGCGCGCUAUUUGGAUGCUUUUUUCUACUGUUAUCAAUGGCUGUUAGUGCGACAGCUUUUUUGUUAUUCAAAUGAUGUUGAUGGUUUGAAGCCCAGGCAUCAGUUGUUUGAUUGCGGCAGCGCGAAGUUCUGAUAUUUCUAAUUUCUUUGCCUAAUGAUGAGAAUUUAUUGCAUUCUCAGUGGAUUGAACUGUUCUUGGGGGUAUUUAACCAAACCUGUCGGUAUAGUGUGGAUUCAUUAUAGAUUUGUAUACCAUUGGGAGAGUUGGGCGGACAAAUUAUCUCAUAGCCGUUACUUUGAAGAUAUGAUUUCGUUUUUCAUUGAGCUUCAGAUCAAUGACUUCCGUAAAAUUUUAAUGGACCCUGAUUUAAUUGUGGAGCCAAUAGGGGCCACCAGCACUUCACAGCCAGAAAGAACAUCAGCUGCUUCAACUCAAUCAUCGUCAUCAUCAAAUUCGUACACGAAUACACGCCAGCGGAAUUCAGGGUCCUCAAGUGGAACAUCAGGGGCAUCAACAGCACCUCCUCCUGGUCCUCCUACAGCACUACGCUGGGAUCGACAAACCAUUCAAUUUUCAGUUAAUGCUUGGGUUCUUGUUGUGGCUGCUCUAGCUGUUUUCCCAAUUGUGCCAAACAAUCUCUCAAAUCGAGCAUACCGGCUUUCCUUCUUAGGGACUGCAUGUUCUUCAAUAUAUUCUUUGUAUUCAUUAUAUGGGAGACCAAGAGCAUGGAACUUGCAGGCUUCGCAAGUAUGGUUACAGUCAGUGAUGGUUACCAAAGAUUUUAUCUACUCAAUUUACAGCAUCUCUUUCAUCACUUCCCACCUGUGCCUUAAAUUCGCUCUAAUUCCUGUACUCUGUCGGACUCUUGAGCUUGUUGCAAAAUUUCUGAGGCGUAACUUUACCAGAUCCACCUUGUACAGGAAGUACUUGGAAGAGGCUUGCGUUUGGGUAGAGUCGAACACAUCAACUCUUGGCAUUUUGUCAUCACAAGCUGAAAUUGGAAGUGGAUUCCUUCUGAUUAUUUCUCUCUUCUCGAGGCAGCGAAAUAUUAUCCAAGCAUUUAUGUAUUGGCAGCUUUUGAAGCUCAUGUACCAUGCUCCUGCCACGGCUGGUUACCAUCAGAGUACAUGGGCGAGCAUCGGGCGAGCUGUGAAUCCAAUAAUCCAGCGGAACAUGCCGUCCUUGAACACUCCAAUGUCAGCAAUACAGAGAUGGUGGUUCAGGUGAAAAAAUAAAAAGGCAACUAUAGGCAGAGGAAGACACCAUUCUAUCAUGACCAGUAGCAUUGCUUAGAAUGACAAACUUCACACUUAUGAUCAAUCCUGUAGACUUCUUAACUUGGUCAACCCCUCUGCUGUAAUAAUCACUCCCCUGUUUUCAUCAAGAAGUAUCUAUCACUCUAUCCGGGUACAUGGGGAUUGUUCCCACACAUUUAUUAUGUUCCAGAAUCUACAGAUGCAGAGGAUUCUAAUGUACUUGUAUGUUUAAUUCUGUCA